CACCACGCGGUAGUAGGACAACAAACAUUCACCCGGAUUGAGUUUCCACAAUUUCUGAACUUUUCGCUGAAUUUUAAUCAAAUUUCACUUAAAUCACGAUGGAUCGAGAAGUUGAGUCAACUUUGGCCAUGCUAAACAAUCCCUGGGGUGACGGCAAGUCAAUCAAAUGCAUCACUGAGACUUGGAAACGAAGCAAGCUUUUCAAAAGAGCUGACCAUGCGACAGUGCAACCAAUUGUAGCUGCUGUAAAUGCCAAAAUUUUGUCAGCAAAUGAAAAGAUUCAUGGAUUGAAACUUUUGCUUCAAAUUGCGGCAAGCUGUUCAGAAAGUUGCUUGAAUGAAUAUGGUGCGCAAUUUGUCCUGCAAGCAGCAAGAUCUUGCGACAAACACAACAGUUUCAAUGUCAGAUGCUGUGCACUAUUAAUUCUAAAACGACUCGCAAACAGAGCUGGAAAGAUUCAGCCAAUGGUCAAGGCUAUCACAGGAAAUGCAGUUGCUCAGGUUGUGGAUGCACUGAAUGAAAGUUCGCCUGCUGUGAAACUUUAUGCCUGCCACGCACUGUACAGCAUCCUCACCCACUUUUCGAGCUCGUGUGGCUCCGUAAAGGCAACGUUGGAGCAGAGGCUAGUAGAAAUUUUAGUUAUGAAUGAUGAGCGGGUGGCAGGCUUUGCUGCACGCUGCUUUGCAAGACUUCCAUUGAUAGGUGGCGGAGGGGUUGGCCAGCAGGGCCACCAAGCCGCAAUUACUGGCCUGAUGAAGAAGACCAUUGCGGCUCUUCAUCUAGAGCUCGAUGGGCUUUACGAAGGAGUGCACGAACUGCCCAUGACCUAUCCACUCACAUCAAAAGAAAACCUCGGCCUGCCACCAGUGUCAGAAAUAAAGCCAGCAAUCCGGCUGCAAAAGAUCAAGCAGAGGAUCGAGUGUCUCUGCCUCUAUCUGAGUGCUCUCUUUCUGGAGCCCAUGUCGAUUUCAAAAGCUGUGCCAGUUCAGGACAUUUUUGGACUUGUCUGUCGAGCCAUUGGUGUCACGGGCACAAGUUUAGGGACGAGCCAGCUGAUCGAAGUGUUGGUGUUAAGGGAUAUGAUUCCUUCAGUUCACAUCUCAUUCAUGAGCGUCAUGGAGUCACUCAUAGACAUCGGCAAAACCAACCUGCUGCUUUAUAAUGAAACUUUUUACCAAAUGAUCAUCAACUGCCUUUCCUGGAGGCAGCAGAAGAAGGACAGCAAAGCCAGCUACAGCUACCUGAGAAGUAAGGUUUACGCAAUGCUCUCCUGCUGGCUGAGCAACUUGAAGGGAGCCUCCGGAGUGGAAACCUUUGCUGACCGUAUUGUUCCCCACAUCUUCCAAGACAUAACUCCUGAAAAAGAGGCAGUUGUUCUCAAAGCUGUGAAGCAGACUUUAAAGCGAAAGAAAGGUCGUGUCGCUGACCAGUCGUCUGCAGUGCCUAAUGAAACCUCUACCCAAAGAGUUUAUGACGAAGAUUUGUGUAGUGCUGGGCUGGAGGCGAUGAAUUUGAUUUUGAAAUCGGCUGGAAACCUCAUCAAAUCCUCUUUCCACAAGGCGAUGCAAGAGCUAGUGGUCGCUUUGCUGGUCGAUCUGCAGCGUGGCUUGGAUCCACAUCCACUGUACAGCUCCGAGAAGUGCCAACUGCAGCUGUACGAGAUUUUGCAAUCGCUGAUCUUGUUCCCUCAUCCUCUGUGUCCGCCAGCGACUAUCUACGCAUCGACUCUCUUCAGUUCUGGACAGUUGAGCAAUUCGAAAGAGAUUUCAAGAUUUUGCCAACAAGCCAUGCAGGUGGUGCAGCGGCUCUCCUUCCCUGUCUAUCCCAGCAUCGUCUUGGAGUCUGAGGUGCUUGAGGAUUUGAAGGACCAAGCCUUGGCCAACGCGGCUGCCGAGGAGGAGUCUGAGGAGGAGGAGGAGGAGGAAGAAUCCGCUGACGAAGAGGUUCAAGUUCGACCUCAAGCGGUUGAGCUCCCCAAAGCUGUUUCAGUGAUUGUUGCCGCAGAACCUGAGCCUUCUGAGCCUGAACCUCCUGAAGCAUCAGAAGCUGACAGGACUGACUCAGACCUGGAGGUUCUGGAGGAAAUCCCUGUGAUGGCAGUGCCUGACGCUGCAUCCAGUGAAAACGACGAUGAGGAGCAACAACAACCUGAGGAGAUCACAAUCGAUGACGUUGUCACUGCCAAUGAUCCAUGUAGCACGGAAAAUGACAUUGAACUGAUUGCGGAGCAGCCAUCGAAGAAGGCGAGGAUUGAGGUGCUGGACAAAAAUGCUGAUGUUGCUCUCAUGUUGGCGGAUUUGGUUGAAUAAAUAAUUUUCACA